AGAGCCUGGAACCUAGCAGGGACAAUCAGUUUUAAGACUAAUCUGCCUGCCUCCAGUGAACUGGAUGAACUGCUUCCAUCUGCCAGCACUCAGCCCAUCUUCAAAUGCUCCUAGAAGCAAAGUGAAAUGGAAGAUACUGGCACCAGCCAGCAAUCAACAUGAUGGCCAUCUGUGCAAGGCUUGACUUGGGGCUGCUGUAGAGUCUUAGUACUGUGGGAAUAAUAACCAGCAGACUGAGCAUUUCCACUUUGGUUCCUGUGGCUUCAGGAUGCCUCCUACAGGGGAGAAGAGAUAGUGGAUACCUGGUUAACGAGAAAUACGAGGAGCCCGCCGAGGCCACCAGGAACCCGUCCGAGAGGCGCCGACUCCGCCUGAGGAAGCAGCAGUGCCCCCGGGGCUGGAGGGCCGCGGGCUCGUCACGGAAGGCGUCGGCAAGCCCGGGACCGCCGGCACGAUGCGCCCGGUGCUGCCGGCGCCGCUGCCGCCCUGCCCCUCAGCGCCCUCCUCCGCAGGUCCUGGCCGGACCACAAGCAACGCGGCUGUGAGCGCUGUCUUCAGAGCGGCGCCGUACAGCGGACAGGACCCGGCCGGGCCGGGCCGCCGAGGCUCAUGCGGGCUGCGGGCUGCCGGCGGCGGCGAGAGCGGGGAGGCGGCAGCGGCCCUCGGCGGGCCGGCAGCCCGCGGCAAGUCGCUGACGGCGCUAAGCCUUUGCAGGGGCAGUGAGGACGAGGAGCAUCGGCAGCCGGAGCUUGACUCCAGCAAUGUACACGAGAACAAGGCUUCGGCCGAGGAGCUGGAGGAGCUGGAACUGCUGAACAGGGCCUUAGAGAAGGCACUGAAAGUCAGGAGAAGCAUCUUGAAAACUUCAGUAGAGGGCCAGGGAGCUGGAGGAGAGAAAUUUGUAGCUGAGGGACCAGCUGCCAACAAUGCCAAAGAGCAGCAAGUGCCUGUUCCUCUUGGGGAUGUUCCUGAGAAUGCAGAGGUGAAAGCUGUCAGCAAAAAGCCUGCCUCUUGGAAGAAGCCUGCUCCAUACCAGUUAAGAGCACCUUAUAGGACUGACCCAGAUGUGAAAAAAGUGGUGCAGAGGAAGGCCCCAGGCAGAUGUGCUUCUCAGGGUCCCAAGAGAGCUGGCAGUAACUGCCCAAAAGGAGUGGUUUGCAAACAAGGAAGGGGUCACAGGAGAGCAAAGAGUGCCAGUAGCAGAGGGCCCUGUGCUCCAGCUGAACCCCAAAAAACACCUGGCUUGAACAGAGCUUCCCUCACGCAGCAGCAAAGCUUUUCUGCACGGGCUUCAGCUGGGGGAAAGAGCUCUACAGCUGCUAGCAAGCAGGGAUAUGGUUCAGGGCAGACAAGUUGUGGUUUUCUGGGAGACUCCAGCAGAAAGGAGGAGCCUACGGCUGAAGGUUCUCUGGGAAAGAGCAGCUCACCUCAGGCAGUCACCGAGCAGGAGAAAAGAUGCUGGCUGCAGCUACCCCUUCCCUACAGGAAAGCCUAUUCCAGGAACUCCAGGGUGUGGCAGAGCUGUUGUCUCUGCCAGAGCAAUGUGGAUGCAGCAGCUGCAAGGAGCCACUUCCUAGAGAGGAUCCAGAGCACUUUCUGUUCAGUGCCAACCUUUAGUCCUGCAGAGAUUGAGGAGGAGUUAAAGGCCCUUCAAGAUGUCCCCUCCCUGCUGAGCCACUAUGUGGGAGUUGAGCCUGCAGCCCAUGCCACUCUGCCAGGAGAGUAUGAAAGCCUUCUGAGCCUGGAGGGUUUGCUGGCCACAGCUUCCCAGUGCCUGCACAAGCUGCAGCUGCUGCGAGCAGCUGUGGAGUCCCAGGCCAAGCUGUGCCCAGGCUGUUCUGGAGACAUGGGAAGCUGCUCUCCAGCCUGUGCUCCUGCCAGGGGACAGAUGUGUGGCCCUGCAGAUGUGCUUCCUGUGCCUCUCCUCUGCUACUACAGUUCCCAGGAGCUGAAGGACCUGUUUGCCUUGAAGCUGCAGGUGUCAGUGCUGCACCAGGAAGUUGCCUUGCAGAAGGUGCUGAUGGUGGAAGUGCUGCCUGCACUGGAGUCCAGACUGUGCCUGGAGGCCUCUCUAGCUCAGCUGUACAGAGCCAUCUACAGCCAUCUCUGCCAAGGGGGGAGGAGGUUCCUGGUGCUGGUGAGAGAUGAGCUGGCAGAGUGAACAGGUGGCAACCUACUGGAGCUGGGCACCAGAAGCACUUUGAAGCAAUAAAUCCUUUUGAGUGACUUUUUAA